AUGGCUCCGCUGCGAGCGCUGCUGUGCUGCCUGCUUCCUCUGCACUGCGCGCUCUGCGCCGCUGCGGGCAGCAGGACCCCAGAACUGCACCUCUCCGGAAAGCUCCAUGACUAUGGUGUGACAGUGCCCUGCAGUACAGAUUUUCAAGGACGCUUCCUCUCCCAUGUGGUGUCUGGCCCAGUAGCAGUCUCUGCAAGAAGCACAGUGAUGGGUAGGCCACCUGCACCACCGUCACACUCCAGGCCCCGCCGGGUGGCUCGCAGCUCCCUGCGCCCUGACAGAGGCACCCUGCAGCCUGGCAGGGUGGGACGCCACUCCCUCUACUUCAAUGUCACUGUUUUUGGGAAGGAACUACACUUGCACCUGUGGCCCAAUCGGCGGUUGGUGGUGCCAGGAGCCUCAGUGGAGUGGCAGGAGGACUUUCAGGAGCUAUUCCGGCAGCCCUUAUGGCAGGAGUGUGUCUACACUGGAGGUGUCACAGGCAUGCCAGGGGCAGCUGUCGCCAUCAGCAACUGCGAUGGAUUGGCUGGCCUGAUCCGCACAGACAGCACUGACUACUUCAUUGAGCCUCUGGAGCGGGGGCAACAGGAGAAGGAGGCCAGCGGGAGGACACAUGUGGUGUACCGUCGGGAGGUCAGCCAGCAGAAGUGGGCAGAGCCUCACAGGGACCUUCACAAUGAAGCCUUUGGCCUGGGUGACCUUCCCAACCUGCUGGGCUUGGUAGGGGACCAGCUGGGUGAUGUGGAGCGGAAACGGCGCCAUGCCAAGCCGGGCAGCUACAGCAUCGAGGUGCUGCUGGCAGUGGAUGACUCGGUGGUGCGCUUCCAUGGCAAGGAGCACGUGCAGAACUACGUCCUCACCCUCAUGAACAUCGUAGAUGAGAUAUACCAUGAUGAGUCCUUGGGAGUCCACAUCAAUAUCGCUCUUGUCCGUUUGGUUAUGGUCGGCUACCGCCAGUCCCUGAGCCUGAUCGAGCGUGGAAACCCCUCACGCAGCCUGGAGCAGGUCUGUCGCUGGGCACACUCCCAGCAGCGCCAGGACCCCGGCCACGCUGAGCACCAUGACCACGUCAUCUUCCUCACUCGGCAGGACUUUGGGCCCUCAGGGUAUGCACCCAUCACUGGUAUGUGCCACCCACUGAGAAGCUGUGCCCUCAACCAUGAAGAUGGCUUCUCCUCAGCCUUUGUGGUGGCCCAUGAGACUGGCCAUGUGCUUGGCAUGGAGCACGACGGCCAGGGGAAUGGCUGUGCCGAUGAGACCAGCCUGGGCAGCGUCAUGGCACCCCUGGUGCAGGCGGCCUUCCACCGCUUUCACUGGUCCCGCUGCAGCAAGCUGGAGCUCAGCCGCUACCUCCCCUCCUAUGACUGCCUUCUGGAUGACCCCUUUGAGCCAUCUUGGCCCCGGCCCCUGGAGCUGCCUGGGAUUGAGUAUUCAAUGGAUGAGCAGUGCCGCUUUGACUUUGGCACCGGAUACCAGACCUGUGCAGCGUUCAGGACCUUUGAGCCCUGCAAGCAGCUGUGGUGCAGCCACCCGGACAACCCAUACUUCUGCAAGACCAAGAAGGGGCCCCCGCUGGACGGGACUGAGUGUGCACCAGGCAAGUGGUGCUUCAAAGGUCACUGCAUCUGGAAGUCUCCGGAACAGAUGUACGGCCAGGAUGGAGGCUGGAGCUCGUGGACCAAGUUUGGAUCGUGCUCAAGGUCAUGUGGGGGUGGCGUGCGAUCUCGCAGCCGGAGCUGUGACAACCCCCCCCCAGCCUAUGGAGGCCGCCUGUGCUCAGGGCCUAUGUUCGAGUACCAGGUCUGCAACAGUGAGGAAUGCCCGGGGCCCUAUGAGGACUUCCGUGCCCAGCAGUGCGCCAAACGCAACUCCUACUACACCCACCAGAACACCAAGCACAACUGGGUCCCCUACGAGCCUGAGGAUGAUGGCCAGAAGUGUGAGCUGAUCUGUCAGUCGGCAGACACAGGCGAUGUGGUGUUCAUGAACCAAGUAGUUCACGAUGGAACGCGCUGCAGCUACCGUGACCUGUAUAGUCUCUGCGCCCGUGGCGAGUGCGUGCCUGUCGGCUGUGACAAGGAGGUCGGGUCCAUGAAAGCAGAUGACAGGUGUGGAGUAUGUGGAGGUGACAACUCCCACUGCAGGACCGUGAAGGGAACGCUGGGCAAGGCCUCCAAGCAGGCAGGACCUCUCAAGCUGGUGCAGAUUCCGGCAGGUGCUAGGCAUAUUCAGAUUGAGGAGCUGGAGAGGGUCCCCCACAGCAUUGCGGUGAAGAACCAGGUCACAGGCAGCUUCAUCCUCAACCCCAAGGGCAAGGACGCCACCAGCCGGACCUUCAUGGCAAUGGGCCUGGAGUGGGAAUACGUGAUGGAGGAUGCCAAGGAAAGCCUCAAGACCAGUGGGCCCCUGCCCGAAGCCAUCGCCGUCCUGGUGCUUUCCCCAGGGGAGAGUGGCCCCCGAAGCAGCCUGGCCUACAAGUACGUCAUCCAUGAGGACCUGCUGCCCCUUAUCGGGAGCAACAAUGUGCUCCUGGAGGAGACGGACACCUACGAGUGGGCGCUCAAGAGCUGGGCUCCCUGCACCAAGGCCUGUGGAGGAGGUAUCCAGUUCACCAAAUACGGCUGCCGGCGCCGACGGGAUCACCACAUGGUGCAGCGGCACCUGUGUGACCACAGGAAGAGGCCCAAGCCCAUCCGACGGCGCUGUAACCAGCACCUGUGCGCCCAGCCCUCGUGGGUGACAGAGGAAUGGAGCACCUGCAGCCGGAGCUGUGGGAAACUGGGGGUACAGACUCGAGGUGUGCAAUGCAUGCUACCUCUGCCCAACAGCACCCACAAGGCCAUGCCAGCCAAGGCCUGCCCCGGGGACCGGCCUGAAGGCCGGCGGCCCUGCCUCCGCGUGCCCUGCCCAGCCCAGUGGCGCACUGGAGCCUGGUCUCAGUGUUCCUCCACCUGUGGAGAGGGCAUCCAGCAGCGACAAGUGGUGUGCCGGACCAAUGCCAACAGUCUGGGGCAGUGUGAGGGGGACAAGCCAGACACUGUCCAAGUCUGCAGCCUACCUGCCUGUGGAGGAGGUGUCCAGAACUCCACAGCAAAGCCUGACAUCAGGGAACUUGUCACCCCAAAGUGGACCCCACCAUCUGGGCCCCUCCAUCCUGUUAACAAAAUAUCAUCGACGGAGCUCUGUAUGGGGGACAAGUCCAUCUUCUGCCAGAUGGAGGUGCUGGAUCACUACUGCUCCAUCCCCAGCUACCACCAGCUCUGCUGUGAGUCCUGUACCAAGAAGGAGCCUGGCCUGGCCUCACCACCACCCUUCUCCACCCCUGGGAACCCUUUCCCAGGACCCAAGUCCCUUCCAGAUGCUGUGGAGCCCACAGGGGGACCACCAGAACCAGACGGUCAUCAGCUUGGUCUAACCACACAGCUUCCAGACCUUCUGGACACAAGUUCCUCUGUGACCCAGCACCGCCCUGCCCCCCAGAAACUGAGCACUAGAGCAUCCUGGGGCACCUCGCUUACCACGCUCCAGGGAUGGCCUUGGGGCUGGACUGAGGCACCAAUAUCAGCCUCUGAGAAUAAAGCGCAGCCCAAAGAAGACCGGAAGCCUGCAGGCACUGGCCACCCCACCACCUCCCUGGUGACUUGA